GUCUCUCUUUUUGUUUCCCUCCUUCUUCAUCUUCUUCUUCCCAAUUUCAUUUCACAACUCUCUCUCUACAAUGCAACUUUCUUAAACUCUCCCUCCCUCCCUCAAACUCUCUCUGUCCAUUCUCUUCACUUCAAUUUCUAUUUUCAUUUUAGUAAAUUAGGAGAAAUUUUAUUUGUUUAAAGAGGAUGAUUGGAGAAAAUAUCGCGGAGGAAAUUGACUGUGGGAAUUUCUUCGACAAUAUUGAGGACCUUCUUGAAGACCUUGAUCACGACGUCGAUUUCAAUACCAACUCCGCAGCCUUUCCUCCCAUUUGGUCUGAACAUUCCGAUUCUUUGCCCUCCGACCCCGUCGUCGACCCCGUCUUGUUUUCCGUUAAUACUGCUCCUGACUCUGCUCUCUCCCCCGACCUCUGUGUUCCUUACGAUGACCAAAUGGAAUGGCUCUCAAAUUUCGUUGACGAUUCCUUCUCCGGCGCUGAAACCCUAACCAUCAACGCCUCCAAUUUAUCACCGCCGAGCCAAUUUCACAUCUCAAGUCCAGUCUCCGUUCUCGACAGUAGCAGCAGCAGCUCCAGCUCCGACGAAAAGAAGCCUCUAUCCACCAAGGAUGGUAGACGAGGCCGCGCUCGCAGCAAGCGACCUCGACCAACGACGACUUUCAUUCCCCGGACACCGGAACUAACUUCACCAACGAAUUCAGGCAUUAAGGUUUCAUCGGAAUCAGAGAACUACGCGGAAUCCUGUCCUCCAUUACCACUACCAAAGAAAACGAAGAAAAUCAAAUUGACAUUCCGACGGGAUCAAAACGAUACGCUUAAUCCGCAAGGGGUGAGAAAAUGCCUACAUUGUGAAGUGACGAAGACUCCGCAAUGGAGAGCAGGGCCAUUAGGACCUAAAACUCUAUGCAAUGCUUGUGGGGUCAGAUACAAAUCGGGCCGCCUGUACCCGGAGUACCGACCGGCAGCGAGUCCAACAUUCGUCCCGUGUUUACACUCCAAUUCGCACAAGAAAGUUCUGGAGAUGAGAAUAAAACAAGUGGAGAAAGGUGUGGAGUUGAGGGCGGAGGAAUCACCAGCGGAACUCAUUCCAAAUACAGACAGCGGCAUUAUCCUCGGGUACAUUCGACCGGAGAAAUCCAUGUUGAACCUGACCUCAACCUCAAUUCCUUGAUUUUUUUUCUUUUUUAUAUAAAUCUUACUUUGUAGGGGUUAUUUGUACAAAGAGAUGGAUUUGGGAGUAAAAUGAAAGAAAUAGAUGAGAGAAUUUAGAAUAUUUAAAAGGGUUUUAGGAAGAGAGAGGAAAUAUGAAGGGUAGAAAGGACUAGGGGUUUUUAGUUUGGUUAAUUGCUAUUAGGUCCUUUAUUUAUAAGUUUAUUAUUAGAUAUUGGUUUAUGGCUUUUUGGGGCUUUCUAAUUCUUUUGUUUCAUUUUGAUAUCCA